CAGUCAUCAACAGCACCGCACAUCGUUAAUUCGUCCUUAUACACACGCUCGCRUACACGCAAGUAAUAUAUUCAUGAACCUGUGAAGCUAUAUAUUAAAAACUAUCGACAUCACAUAUUUCCGUCGAAGUAUCGUAACUUUAUUGUCGUGCAGAGAACUACAACGAUCCGUUUUUGUUUUCGAUAUAAAUUAUAACGUAAUAUUAAUGUACUAAUCGCAUUAGUUUCGGUUUUUGUUUUUAACGAUAGUUCGAAUCGAUAACGUUCUUUGUGUGCGUUUCGUGAACCCAACAUCCGGACGCUUAUUGUAAAGUACUGAAGUGUUUUCGACAUUCGGUCCGGACGUGUACGCACAACAUCGAUACAGCACGCUGUAGGUAUUAUAUUAUACCUGCAAAUACACGUGAGUCAUUAGUGCGGUCCAUCACCAAGUGACAUCAACAUACAUCAAGCAAACGGUGCCGCUGACGACGACAUGACGACAACUGCGGCCUGACCCGCCAAUCAUUUCAACCGAUUUUCUGUGCGAAAGCGACAACAAAGACGACGCUGACAAAGCAACAUACUUAUAUAUUUCUGUUCCACGAUGAAUUGGUACACUUGCACGGCUGUUCUGUCGGUAGCCUUUGCACUCUGCUGUACAGUGGCCGUCGCCAGAUCCGAUGAGUCUGCUGCUGUGACUACUCAGUCAACGAUGACGGGGAUAGAGGACGGGCAUGGUCAGCUAAUGGAUACGGUGGAUGGGAUGUUGGACGCGGCCGACUCGUAUCAGCUGGCGCCCGGCGUCCGAGUCAAGCGGUCCGCCGAGGAUACCACUAACGUUACCGCCGUUUCUCAGGCUGACCGUGAUAACGAUCCCGAGAAGUACUUGAUCGACAGGAUGGCCAAUUUCAUCGGUACGCAUGUUCUGGACGUUAACUUUUCCGAGAUGUUCCAGUCUUCCGGUAGAACGUUCUUCAAACUUCAUCAUCUUCCAAGAUUUAACUUUGGCAAGAAUUCGUUUUUGACCGGUUUUGGAUUGGGUUUUUUGGCGUUUGGCUUGAAGAAAUUAUUGCUGCCAAUUAUCAUCGGAGCACAGAUUAUCAAAUCCAUCGCACUAGCCGCUCUGUUACCAACACUGUUAGGUAGCGUCGGCAAAGUUGUUUCAAAAGGCGUGUCAAACUUUGCGUCAAGUUCAUCACACUUUGGGCCCAGCGCUGGUUCGGAUGGAUUGAGUGACUUUGAAUUUAAAGACCAACAACAACCGAACAUCGGUAUAGGUUAUGACACAGCUGGAGCCGCCGAUACUUCGGGUUCGGAAACGGGUUACCAGAGUAUUUGGACGUAUCCACCGGAUAACAAUGUGAAUGCAAUCACUGCAAGUUACGGCAGCAGCAGCAACAAUAAAGAGCUGAACGAAUUGCGCAAACCGUCGUCAGAGAAUCCGGAGAUAUUGCGAUUUUUUAAGUACAUGAAAGCCGCCAAAGACGGUCAGGACAACAAAGACUGCGAGAUGAUAUUUUCAUCGUGCGUGUCCCAAAGAUCGCCGGAUGAUUCGGUGCCCAUGAUGACCACUUACAACGAGAUCAACAAACUGGUACAGGCUAGAAACGCAAAGAAACUGGCGGAAUCGUCCACUGUCACGGACAACGUAAAGUCAGAAUCGUCUACCAUCGCAGACGUAGAGUCGACGUUGACACAUUGAAGUUAGAGACGACGGUUUUUCCAAUCCAUGACGCAGCGUUGCAGCAUAUAUUCAAAGUCAUUAGGAAAUAUAUACGGUACCUCGUCUAGCUCAACAUAGUUAUAUAGUUGUAGUUAUUUUGUAUAGUUACGGUUAUAGUUAGUAUGCGAAAUGCGCACAUAUAUAGUAGGAUGAUAGUUAUUUAUUGAGCGCAGGAAAUACUGUUAUAUUAUGUUAUCGGUAUAACGCGUGGUCGUAUUUUUAUCAUAAAAAAAAAAUAAUAAUAUUUAUUGUAUAAACUCCGUGAACAUAAUAUUUCGAUAAUUUGUCAUAGUUUUCGCGCCUAUUCGAUCUGGAUGCACGAUAUUAUAAUUUAUAAUAUUCUAUGUUUGAUUGAAAGUUGAAACACGCAGAGUACCAGUGGAGUACUGGAAUCGUYGCACUGACAAAUUCAUCGAAUUUUAUGUUUUCGAUACCUAUUAUAUAUAUAUAUACCCUACUGCCGAAAUAGUUUUUGUUAAUCUCAACAGAGUUUUGUUGUCUGUCGAAUUUAUCUCAAGUUCAGUCAAAUUAUGAAAAACAUAUUUUGAGACCCAUCCUUGGCACAUCUAUUUAUUUAUUAUCUUAUUUAUUUGUUUGAUUAUUUAUUUAUUAAUUUAUUUGAUUUUGGGUUACUCAGCUCGAAGCGUAGAGCAAAAGUAUUUACCUGGAAAAGCGUUGUUGAAACGGAUUAAAGUAUUAUAUGUGAUAUUAAUACAAUUAUUAUGUAAAUACACCGAUUGAUUAUUUAGGUAGGUACCAUAAUA